GCUUUUCAUCCAGUACUCCACACGCCAGGCAACUUCUGCUGCUGACUGCAACGUGAACCAGACUGAAGGAAGUCACAUCAAAGAUGCAGAGGGGCUUUGGGAUAUUUUGCAUGUCGCUCAUCUUUUGUGCAACUCUUUCCGAGACCAUCGGGCUAGUUGUUGCGGCAAAAGAAAAGCGAGGCUGGACUCUGAACAGCGCUGGCUACUUGUUAGGGCCCCGUCGUAUUGAUCACCUAAUUCAGAUAAAGGAUUCUCCCAGUGCCAGAGGCAGAGACGAGCUGGUCACUCAAUAUGGACUACAUGGACACACGACACUAGGAGACAAGCCGGGUCUGGCUGGGAAGAGGGACAUAGGCCAGGAGGAGGACUUCAGAACAGGCGCCCUGAGAAUAGCAGAUGAAGAAAUUAUCCACACUGUCAUUGACUUCUUGUCAUACCUCAAACUUAAAGAGAUGGGAGCCUUGGACAGCCUGCCUCCUUCUGUCACAUCAGAUGAACUGGCCAAUCCCUAAGGCUUUUGCUUCUCUGUUAUAAUUGUUGUGUUUCAACUCUUCUCUGGACUCCAACUGCCAUAAAUGUAUUGUAGCUCCUAAAUGUUACAAUAUUGUAGCUCCUAGCACACUGGUAGGUUGGUAGAUUUGUUCUGGUACCAUCUGACUGACUGACCCUCAAUAUCAGAUCUUUCUCCUCUUGUGUAAACAAAAUUUUAUAUCCUCUUAAAGCCAGUAGUUGUGUGCUGACUAUAGGUGGAUCUACAGAAUUGGUACUUUUGUAUAAAACAACUCUAUAUUAUCACCAGAAUAUACUAUUAUGUGUUUUCAGAGAAUGGAGUGAAAUAAAAUAAAUGGC